CCCACCCCGCGGGCCUGGGAAGGGGCGAGGCCGGACUCGGGAGCGAGCUCUCCUUUGUGGACGUGGCGAGGGCGCCCGCGGCCCGCCGGACACUCUGCCGCCCCGCCCCGCGGGGUCCCCUCCCGGCAUUGGUCGGGGGGCGGGGCCUGCCUGGAGAGCAGCCAAAUUGGGCAUCUUUUUGGAGAACCCGGGAGCGCAGCUUGGAGAACACCGAGAGGCUGGAUCGUCCGGGCCUGAUGAUGUGGCGACCGUCGCUUCUGCUGCUGCUCUUGCUGCUCAGGCCCGGGGCCCAGGGGAAGCCCUCCCCCGAAGGCGGCCCUCACGGCCAGGGAAGGGUGCACCACCAGGCUCCCCUGAGCGAGGCGGCUCACGAUGACGCCCACGGCAACUUCCAGUACGACCACGAGGCUUUCCUGGGACGAGAGGUGGCCAAGGAAUUCGACCAACUCAGCCCAGAAGAAAGCCAAGCCCGUCUGGGGCGCAUCGUGGACCGCAUGGACCGCGCGGGGGACGGGGACGGCUGGGUGUCGCUGGCCGAGCUCCGCGCGUGGAUCGCACACACGCAGCAACGGCACAUACGGGACUCGGUGAGCGCGGCCUGGCACACGUACGACACGGACGGCGACGGGCGUGUGGGUUGGGAGGAGCUGCGCAAUGCCACCUAUGGCUACUACGCGCCUGGUGAGGAAUUCCACGAUGUGGAGGACGCAGAGACCUACAAGAAGAUGCUGGCGCGGGACGAGCGGCGUUUCCGGGUGGCGGACCAGGACGGGGACUCGAUGGCCACCCGGGAGGAGCUGACAGCCUUCCUGCACCCGGAGGAGUUCCCUCACAUGCGGGACAUCGUGGUGGCUGAAACCCUGGAGGACCUGGACAAGAACAAAGAUGGCUACAUCCAAGUGGACGAGUAUAUCGCGGACCUGUACUCGGCGGAGGCCGGGGAGGAGGAGCCGGCCUGGGUGCAGACGGAGCGGGAGCAGUUCCGGGACUUCCGGGACCUGAACCACGACGGGCGGCUGGACGGCAGCGAGGUGGGCCACUGGGUGCUGCCCCCCGCCCAGGACCAGCCGCUGGUGGAGGCCAACCACUUGCUGCACGAGAGUGACACGGACAAGGACGGGCGCCUGAGUAAGGCCGAGAUCCUGGGCAACUGGAACAUGUUUGUGGGCAGCCAGGCCACCAACUACGGCGAGGACCUGACACGUCACCACGACGAGCUGUGAGCCGCAGUCGCCCACCGCGGCCUCUGGCCGUGGGAUGACCAGGGGAGGGGCGCGAUGGCCAGGCCCCUCCGUGUCCGGCCCGCGGGAUGCGGACACAGCCUGCGGCCUGCCCGGGCUCUCACGGACACACCCGGUCAAGGUCUCUCCUUGAGACACCUCGUCCCCUCUCGUCCCCACCCCAGGGGCCCACAGGCCUGAAGAGAGAGGGCCCCCCACUUCUCACCGGCAGGACCUCCCAGCCAGCCCGCGGCCCCUCCAGUCACCGCACAGUCCACGCCCGAGCCUCACACACAGACAGGAGACCUCCGCCGCCUCAGCCCCGCACCUGCCGGCCCCAUGGGCACCGGCCAGGAGCCCCCUCCCUGCAGGGGGGCAAUAAAACCCAGCGCU